CAAGUGUUGAUUCAAGUCGCACUUUCGUACUUGGUAAAAGACGAAAGAACAAACGAAAUGUCUAUGACUCGUUGAUAUGUUACCAACGUGCACAUCGAUUCGCAAGAAUAAUGAAACGAAGGAUUUAUCUGCGCCGCAAGGCUGCAUGGGAACAAGAUGACCCAGAAGAGACGUUCAAGGUAGACUCUGCCAGUAGUAUAGCCAACGCACCAAUGUUUCAACCACCUCCACCACCGCCACCGCGAGUGAUAACCUACAAAACAUUAAGGGAUAACGGUGUAGAAUUAUUCCUUGGGGAUCGCAUCGGUGAACCCCGAAUUGCAUGGGACUGGAUCGAGCAGACUGCUCGAGUGUUGGAGGAUCUUAACGUACCCAUUGGCAACUAUCCUCGACUGGCGUCUCAGCUGCUUCGCAAGGAAGCCUACGAGUGCGAAGAAAGACGUAAAGAAUUUGUCGAAAUGCAACAGGGAGACAUGACACUCCCCGAGUAUCGUCAGAAGUUUACCAGUCUUGCUAAGUUUGCACCAACCUUGGUGAGUACCCCAACCGAUCGCAUCGAGGAGUUCAGGAAGAAACUUCGACCUGACCUCAGGUCGCGUGUGUCCGUCCUAACCACCGUGGAUUUCGCGGAGGCCUAUGAUCUCAUAGCCAGGGCAGACAGCGACUUGAGUGCUUGCAUUGAGUAUCUGAAGACAAAUAAUUUUAAGGGCCUGGUUAGAAAUAUUGCCUUAGACUAGGGAUAGCUAAGAGCUUGUAUAAAAAUGAUUUGGCCUUAGAUUAAGAAUAAUUUAUGAGCACUGAUGAAAUAUUGAAUAUUGAAUAUAUCAUGAAAUGACUUAAAAUAAAAUAUUGUGAAUAUCAUGAAUAAUGUAUGCUUGAAAUAUGUAUUGUGUGCAUGAUAUCAAAUGGUUAAUUAUGAAUUGAGAUUCAAUUUAUAUGGAUGUUCGAUGCAUUAGAUAUGCUUACUCAGCUUCACCGCUGAGCGUGUAGUGUGUUUUAUUUGCUACACGCAGGUAGGCAAAAUGAAUGAUUGGCUGAUUC